GUUAAGUGAUAACAGUAAACCAACCUAACUGUCAAUCUUUGCAAAAAGUCUGGGACACUGCGGUCAGACAAUUUAUUCAAGUUAAUUUAGAAAGAAGCACGUUAAAGGAUAGAAUAGUGAGUCUAUUUAAUAUUCUAUUCUCUGGGAAUCUGUUGGCAAAAAAAAGCAUUCUGAUGCUAAUCUGCUGGAUUCGAAUUAGCUUAAUGGCACCCACUCGGAAAACUUUUAUCAUUUUUACCCGGAGACACUAUGCAAAGGUCAAACUACGGGGGAGGAUGGGGGGAUCGAACCUUCCAGGUGCCCACUUGGCCUUUCUGUCACAACGUGUGUGGACAUCAGUUUUAAAGUGCAACGUCAAAUAAAGACCCCCCAAAAAAUCUCGAGGCAAAUCGAGGUGAGAUCCCCCCAAAUCGGAAGGCCAAAUAUUGAUGCUAUUUUACCAGGAAUUGGUUCCUUAUCCGGGCUCUGCCUCUCUGAGAGCCAUUGGCCGGUGGAGUCACAUGGUGAAACUUAAGUUUGCACAGUCGCCUCAGAGUAGGAGGGUUUUAUGGAGCAGAAAAACGACAAAGCGAGAAAAAUUAUUUACUCUUUCAGAAAUUAAUGACCAUGAGCUCUUUUUUGAUGGGCUCUAACUACAUCGAUCCAAAAUUUCCUCCUUGUGAAGAGUAUUCGCAAAAUAGCUACAUACCGGAUCAUCACAGUUCGGAAUAUUAUAGCCGACCAAGGGAUUCGGCUUAUCCACCACAACACCAGGAUCUGUACCAACGACCCAACUAUCCCGAACGCCAGUUCGCCUGCGCCACCGUUCAAGGUCCCGGGAACCUGCCUGCGAACCAUCGCGCUGGACAUGAGCAACACCAAGUCGCUCACCAACACAUCUCCAGUAAACCUGUGCCCUAUGAACCAGCAGCGCUUUCCACCUCCACCACCACCACCAUCGCCUCCUCGUCGCCUCCCUCAUCAUCCGCUUGCACCCAGCAGAACUUGGAACAGCAGCAGCGCACCAACGCCAAGCAACCUAUAGUCUACCCUUGGAUGAAAAAGAUUCAUGUGAACACUGUGAAUCACAGUUAUACCGGGGAAAUCAAGCGAUCACGCACUGCUUACACCAGGCAGCAAGUCUUAGAACUGGAGAAAGAAUUCCAUUAUAACAGGUACCUGACCAGGCGCCGUCGCAUCGAAAUAGCUCAUACUUUAUGUCUGUCCGAGCGGCAGAUAAAAAUAUGGUUUCAAAACAGGAGGAUGAAAUGGAAGAAAGACCAUAGGCUUCCCAACACUAAGGUCAGAUCCACCGCCUCGUCUACUGCUUCUGAGGAACUCUCUCACACGACCUCUCAAGAACAGCGAGGCGAAGAUAUCACAAGAUUAUAAAAUAAUAUAUCAGGGAGGAGAGAAAAAAAAAC